AUGCAGAAUUUUGAUAAUUAUUUAAGGAAUUUAGACAUUUUAAAAAUUAAAGAUCUCAUUUAAAAUGAAUGGGAUGCGAUUCCUGAAACUGAUUUUGAAUAAAAAUAGGAAAUAGAUAAAUAAGAUUUAAUAUCAAGUUUUUUAGAUAUCAUCAAGCUUUACCUCAUACAGUACGAAGAUGACGAAGAAAAUAAGUCAGAUUCUAUUGUAAACUUCUUCAUGAGCUACGUUUAUUUGAAGUUUCAAUGCAUUCAAAAGAGCAGUGCACUUGCUUGGAAAAUGAUUAGAGAAUUGGACAAAAAAAGCCAAAGGAUACAAGAAUUUAGAUUAAUUUUGUUUUUGUUUGAGUAAGAUAAUAAAAAGAGUCUCUGCAGUUUUUACUAUAGAACAAGAAACAUUAUAAUAGAAUAUUUAAAAGGUUAUGAAAGUGAUUUUUUAAUUCUCGAUGACCUACAUGUAUCAGUUGAUCAAUGGUCAGAAAUAACCAGAAGAAUCUUUUAAAGUCAUAAGCAUGAAGAAGUCAUUAGCAAAAUAGCCAAAGUAAUAGCAUGUGACCAGCAUGAAUAGCAUACAUUCGAUCCUUAGUUUAAGUUAAGCUGUGGGCGAUUAAUUCAAAUUUGCUUGUGGAUAUAUUUUAGACAGGUUAAUCAGCUUUUGGAGGACCAAAAAAAGUAUGAAAAUCAAAGUGCUUUGAGAAAUUAAUAAAGAGAAGAGAAUAAGAUUCCUUAAAGCUUUUACUAAUGGGGAAAGUCUCCUUUGCAGCUGAACAAUUUUAAGAAGAACAGCAAACACAUAGAAGCGAUAAAAUAGUACAGAUUUUAUAAAUAAAAAUACCCAAAGUAAUCAACUCAUAAAAUAUACAAUGCCUCCCCUCCUAAAGUAAAGGAAUACAUGAGUUUCUACUUUUCUGACUCAAAGCUUAAUUAGACAACACAAUUUUAUUCCCCAGUUAAAUCCAGUAGACAAAACUAGAUUCUUCAUCAAUCACUCUCUUUAUAGUAAUCUCCUUAUGUUGGGGAAUUUACCUCACCAAAUUCUUAAUCAGAAAUUCCUGGGUUGACUAAAGAUUAGAACAUUUUUAAUUAAAAUAAGCACUCAGAAUAUUAAACUUUCAGAAAAGACUCUCAGCAUUUGUCCAAAAGCACCAAAAAGCACAGGUAAUAGCUCUCACCAAGGAAGGAGUCUUUUUUCCAAAUGCUAAUAUUUAAUAAGACCCAAGACAAUGCAGGUGAAAGGAAACAAUAGAAUGCUCAUGAUGAGAAUAAAAUGAAAUAAUAUGAGGAAUAAGAAACAUGGUAAGAAUACGAGUAAGAUCAACAAGAAAAUUGA